CCUGUAUUCCUCUUCAAGAGCCCGUUGCAUCUCGAAGUCGGCUUGUCGUUCGCGUUUCAGUCGCUGCUGCUCGUAGUCACGGAUGACACCUGCGUGCAUAGCCUGUGUCCAUGUGUCAGUCACAAGUGAAGAACAGCAGAUGCAGUUUAGCUCGUACAGCUUUCUCUGCGCGUUGAGAGUAGUGAACGAAGACGACGAUGCCAAUUGCACCGAGCGAAGUGGUAGCAAGUGUCAGCUUUGAUGCGCGCGACAUGAUUGCAGUAUCAACGGGAGAUGGACGAGUGGAGCGGAAAGCGGGAUUCUCUCGGUGGAGAGACUUUGGAGAGCUUGGGCCGCCGCGCUGCACCUUGGCGGAGUGCUGCCAUGCACCUCCGAUGCGCUCUGUACUCUGCUAGCUCGUGAAUACAACCCACGAUUUCACACGCCCAUCAUGGUGAGCCCGUUGACUCGAUCUGCCCAAAACUCCGCAGGAAUCCAGACGCUGCUUGACGCCGAACGAGAGGCACAGAAGAUCGUGCAGCAAGCACGAGAAUACCGUACGAAGCGAGUGAAGGACGCCCGAAGCGAAGCGCAGAAGGAGAUCGAAGACUACAGAAAGGAGAAGGAGGACGAGUUCCAGAAGUUCGAGAAAGAGCAUAGCUCUGGUAAUAAGAAGGCUGAGGAUGAUGCGAAAAAGGACACCGACGGCAAAGUCAAGGAGAUUGACGAUAUUGGCAAGAAAUCAGGAUCCAAGGUCGUAGAGCAGCUCAUCGAGGUUGCCUCGAAUGCGAAGCCUGAGCCGCCGCGGGGACGCGACUGAGUUCUUCUCCGACGAGCCGAAGCAGUCUGCCAAUACGUAUUCUCGAGGACAUAUGCCUUGAUUCGAUCUGCACAGCUAUUAGAAGAGGUCUUGCGGGUUUAUCAUGCUUGCUACAUGUAAAGCGAACGUAAGGAGCUUUGUGGAUGGAGUACGAAUAUUACGAUUCUGAACUAUUCACCGUCCAUGUCGCCACGUCACGUACACGUUUGCAUUAUUACAAAGUAAACCAACCUUGAACAUGCAGACUAGCUUUCUUUCGGCCUUUUAUCCAGCAUCUACUGGGACAAAGGAGUGGUUUGGUGCAUCGUUCAAGUUGGGCCAUGUAGCCAAGACAACAUACACGUCAAUAUCUACGACCUCGUGC